GCAGUUCAACUUCUACAGUGCCUUCGUCUGGAGCGUCAGGUCUUUGGUAGGUUUUCGAGAAGCGUUAUACGAGACACUUCUUUCACUUUGAUUCAGAAGAUAUUUUCGAAAAUACUACGACAUGAGGACUCUGCUGAUCAUGGCAGUGCUGGCCAUCAUCAUAGCCACGACCUCCCAAGUCUCCGGCCAUCGGGGUGGUAAUCACUUCGGGAGGGGAGGUGGACAGAGAUCCGGGUGUUUAGCGAGUGCUUGCGAAAAGGCAAAAGAUGCUGCCAAGUGCAGAACGUGCAUACAGAACCUGAAGUCCUCUGGAAGCGCCCCGCGCCAAGCAAUUCACAACUGUCAUCACACCAACAAUGGAUGUGGGGACCCAGCUGCAUUCAAGACUUGCAUCUCCAAUGCCAAUAAAGAUAUCGCUGCCUGCCUCGCCUGAGAGACUACAAAGCUCCUCUAGUAGAACGAUGCUGAACGAUACCCCGGAUAUUGGGCAUGAACUUCAAUAUGCAACAAUUACAAUAAUUAUGAUGUCUUUCAGUUUAGCUUGGAUAGAUCUUUGGUAUACACAUGCUACGGCCAACGUUAAAUCUGCUUUUAUAUGGAGAUCGAUGAAGUAAAAAUAUAAGGAUUCUGUUCCUUAAGGGCGCUUGGCUGUUCUUGCACAGCAUUGGUGAGGUUGCCAGAUAUCUCACAGAGCAUCUAGUAUAACUGUGGUUAAUAGUCCUCUCUGGGAACAAUCUGCAACUGAUACAAGUAGGGGAAUUGUUUA